GAAUUAUCAGAAGAAGAAAAGAAGCUUAUUCUUAAUUCUCAAGAUUUUACAAAGUUUUUCCUUCGAGCAACUACUAUCGUAGAACGAGCAAUUACUGAAGAUGUUGAUAUAUUUGUGGAUUAUACUGGAGGAGAUGAUGAAGAUAAAGAAGGAAUGGCUUCUGAUAGAGAUCGAGUAACGUUGGGUCGGCAGUUUUUUGAUGACCAUUGGUCCAGACAUAGGACUGUUACUUGUAUAGACUGGUCUCCAAAUUUUUCUGAGCUAAUUGCUGCCGCCUAUAAUCAAAAUGAAGAAGCCCCUCAUGAACCAGAUGGCAUAGUAUUGGUAUGGAAUAUGAAAUUUGCUAAGAAAGAAACACCUGAGUUUAUCUUUCGGUGCCAGUCUUCUGUCAUGUCUGUCGCCUUUUCUCAAUUCCAUCCCAAUAUUGUUAUUGGCGGUACUCACUCUGGUCAAGUGGUACUGUGGGAUAGUAGAAGCUACAAGCGAACACCUGUCCAACGUACCCCAUUAUCUGCUGCUGCUCAUACGCAUCCUGUCUUUUGCAUUGAUGUCUUGGGAACUCAAAAUGCUAAUAACUUAAUAUCUAUAUGUAAUGAUGGUAAACUUUGUUCAUGGAGCUUAGAUAUGCUAUCACAACCUCAGGAUACAAUGGAACUGCAAUAUAAACAAAAGGUCGUUCCUGUAAAUUGCAUGGCUUUCCCUACCAAUGAUGUCAAUAAUUUUAUCGUUGGUAGUGAGGAGGGCACCGUAUACUCUGGAAGUCGUCAUGGAAAUAAAGCAGGAAUCAACGAAGCUUUUGAAAGUCAUCAAGCCCCGGUAGCAGCAAUUAGUACACAUCACGCUAAUACUCAGGUUGACUUUACACAUUUAUUCCUAACGUCUUCGUUCGAUUGGUCUGUUAAAUUGUGGACACAAAAGGCGACAAGACCUUUACAUUCGUUUGAAGGCUAUAGUGAUUACGUCUAUGACGUUAAAUGGUCCCCUAUCCACCCAGCAGUAUUUGCAUCCGCAGAUGGUUCUGGCCGAUUGGACCUAUGGAACAUCAACAAGGAUACUGAGGUGUCCAAAUACAGUGAAGUAAUUACAAACAAUAUCGCAUUAAAUUGCUUGAAAUGGUCGCAAUCAGGCAAUCAGCUGGUUGCUGGAGACGCUGACGGCAAAGUAUAUGUAUAUAACGUCGGCGAGAACCUUGCAUUGCCGUUACCGGACGAAAGCAGUCGAUUGGCUGCGACAAUACAAGAACUGCAAAUAAAUUCUGCCCCAGUAUCCGAUGGCCAGCAACAAAAUCAACUCAAUCUAAGAGGAUCUUCUAUUCGAUAA